CGAAAGCUUCUCAUACAAUUCAUUUCCGGAGGGACAUCACACCAAUAGAAAUGUCUCUUACUUAUGGAUCCCAGAUGAGUGAUUAAACGCUCAGUUGUAAUCAUAUGUAUUGUGAAAAGUAGAAAAGUUUCAGAUAUGCUAUCAGUUAAUCAGUGAAUGCUACAAAAAAACUUGUUUAUACAAAAUGAUAAAUUAUGCAGAUUCCAUUCAAUAGAAAUAGAUACUGUUCAAGCUCUAAACAUAGGGGGAGCAUAAAUAACUAUAGGAAUGUUUCUAUCUAUAGAACAAUGCAUUUAAGCAAGUUGUAACGAUGCAAUUCUAAUAGUAAAUGCUGGCGCAGUGCUAUGAAAAUGCUAGUGUUCUAAUCAGAUUCAAAAUUAUUCUACGGAAAAAAGGAUAUUAAAUUAUUGAUUGUUUACAACCUAGUCCUAGCUACAAAUGAGUGCAUUUAUCACAUACAAAAUGUAAAUACAUGUACCAUAAAAAGUGACUACUGCAAACAUUUUAUCUAGGAUAAAAAAAUGGAAAAAGUGCAACCACCUGAUAUUAUGGAUGAUCUUUAUGAGAACAAAGUUGUUCCUGCUGAAAAUAAUGGAGAUAACGCUGAAAAUGAAAAAACUACAUUCAACAUAGAGAAAACAUGUCUUAAACAUGUUCUCUUAGCCAUGACAAUUAGUGGAAAUUAUAAUCCGUGUAAGCGUAAAAAAUAUGGCAUUCUCAUAACCAUCUACCGGAUUCUCAUCCUUGUGGCAAUUCUUGCUUUCACGGCAAAGACAAUUUCCGGUUUUUUCUACAUAUCUGAUAAGGAUUUCUUUGGACACGGUAUUGUAUUGACAUGGAAUGUUUCUUGCUUGUUCAUGUUCCUCCUGACACUUCGUAUGAACCAUUCUUCUUUCGGAAACCAAGAACGCACCUUUCGCUUUUGGAACACAACUAUUGGGCCGCAAAUGGAAAAAUUAGGGAUAAAAUUUGACCGAGACAGUUUCAGAAAGAGGCAGAUUUUUCUGUGUUGUGCUGGUGCAGGAUUCAUUACUAUACUACUAUUGUUCAGUGCUUUACAAUUAACUGGCAUUCUAGGUAGUGGAAAUACUGCGAUGAUGACGACACCUUUUGAGAACACGCCGUUUACUUGCUUCCUUCAAAUGAUACUAAUAGCAGCUUGCGGCUUCCAGGCAAAUAUACCAGCACUCUACAUGGUGGUCAUAUUCUCUUUGCUUACACGCUGUUUUCGAGGCUUUAACGAAUAUCUACAUAAGAAAAUGUGCCAAGAUGCGUGCCGUCUGCCGCAAACUAUUCAGAAGAUACGUGAAUUCUACACGGACCUCUGCAAAAUUGUCAAGGACUUUGAUAAGGACUUCCAGUACUUGCUUGGAAAUCUGUGCUUCUGGAACAUUACGCUUGGUCUAUUCACUCUAUAUGUGUUGUUACAUGUAAAUGAUGGCAGUUUAGGGCUGAUAGCAAUCAUGGCUUACACAUUCUGGCUCUUUCUAAGCAUGGCAAUCGUUGUUAUUGUGUCAGUCUUUGCUGCACUUGUUCAUGAAGCCGCCCAUGCCCCACUAGAUAGUAUCUACUACAUCAAUGUGCAGGACAUCACUGUGGAGAAACUAGCACAGCUGAACCUGUUCCUGUCAAAGUUGACUGGUACCCAAGUUGGAUUUUCAACAUGUGGACUACUCAUCAUAACAAAGGAAUUCAUACUGACAAUAGCUGGUGUUUUCCUGACAUAUUUUGCCGUCCUCUACACACUGUAAAAUGAUGGCUUGUUUUUUUACUACCGUAAUUAACAACAAAAACACAACAGAGAGUUAAUGCCAGUAAUAUACCCGUGUGAGACAUAAAGCAAAAAUAAGACAAUAUAAAUAAAAUUUUUAGAAAAAGUGUAUAUAUUUUGGCAUUUACCAAAGGUCAAAAUAAUGUCAUAUCUCUAAUGACCUUGAUACUUGACAUCUGUGUAUAAUAUUCAUAAGACAUAACUGGAAUUAUUAAUGAAGAUAACUGGAGAGAUAAAUUUCCAUGUCAUCAAUGGACCAUAAAAUUAAAACCUCCAGUGUAGUGUAAAGUAUGGAAAAAGAUCAAAUCUGAAUCAUUUCUGAGUUUCUGGUUUUCCUCCACAAUAUGAUAGUUUUUGAAAGCUAUGAAUAAAACACUAGAAAAUAUUGUAGAUUUAGUGCACACAAAAAGUCUGCAAAAAAAAGCGGAAAUCUAUACAGCAUGAACAAAAAAUCUGCAUUAUACGAAAAGCCAUUAAGUUUUUACCCCAAGAUAGAGACAAGACAACAUGAUACCUUUCACAUGAUUCUAUCUUUUUCACAAUGCAAGCCAAAAUUUUCAAAAUGAAACAGUUUAGAAUAUCACUCUUUGGAAGGGUGAACAAGAAUCUAUGGACAAUACUUUUAACUUUUAACCAGUUGUACCAAAUAUCAUCAGACUUUGCCAUCAGUAUAGAUUUAAGCCAGAGUGCAUGUCUAUGUAGCCUGAACAAGCGAUAUACUGUCAUUUCAAAAUUGAAAUUCUUUAAACUUCUAAUGGACUGUUCCAAAAUUCAAAGCAGGAUAAUUCUAUUGCACAACUUCAGCAGAUCAAAGGUGAAAGUGAAAACUAUUAUGGAAAACCAGGUUGAUUUCAGCAAGUUAUUUGUUAAUACAACUUCAUAUUUUCAUUACCUUGAAAUUUAAUAUCGCCAAAAUCAUUUCAUGCUUUUUUACAUGUCAUUUCAUUUCUUGAUCAAACGUUUACUUUUUCUUUUUCAUAUAAUGAUAUACAUUGUACUUUAUCUGUCGUGUUAAAGUCUGAAAUUUGCAUAGUGUUUUAAAUGUCAGUUUUCAUACUUCAUGUGUCAAAGACAUUUUAAAUUCACAUUGUACAAAAUCAUACUUUUACCU